AUGGUGAGAACAUACGAUGUUUCUAUGAGAAGAUUUGGUCUGUAUGUCUUGUCUGCCACGGAGGAAAUGGGCAAUACAAAGCAAGUUCUUGAUGGGGAUGUUCAGAAUUCCUUGAAGCAGGAGAUUCUACAGCUUCAAGAACAAUUACAAAGCCAGUUCAUCAUUCGCCACGCCUUGGAGAAGGCAAUGAACUAUCAGCCUCUCGCACUUCAUUCCGCUACCGAAAACUCGAUUCCGAAGGCUGAGAUGGAUCUGAUUAAACAAAUAGCCGUCUUGGAGUUAGAAGUCGUUUAUCUGGAAAAGUAUCUCCUGUCGUUAUACCGACGAACUUUCGAGCAACAAGUAUCCUCUUUUUCUACCAUGGAUGAUAGCCAAGAAUCAUUUGGCAAUCAAUGUAAAGAACGAAACGAAGACGAGGAACCAGAGAAGUCGUUACACGUUCACCGCAGCUAUUCAUCUCUUUCGCAGAGAUCGCCCGGUUCAUCUCGAAGCUAUCCGUUAUCAAAGUAUAUGGCUAAAGCAGUAGAUUCAUACCAUUCCCUUCCAUUAUCAAUGCUGGAGCAAUCUCGAGUUGAUGCUUCGAAUUCUACGAGCCUCGGGGAGCACCUCGGUGCCUGGAUAUCGGAUCGAGCAGACGAGUCGCCUAACUGGAUUGCUGAGGAGAUGAUCAAGUCCAUCUCUGCAAUAUACCGCGAACUGACCGAACCUCCUUUGACGAAUCAUAAGAAUCGUUCUCCUAUCUCACCGUUGUCAUCCAUGUAUGAACUUUCUUUACAAGACGUGUGCAGUAUGAGGAACUACGAGAAGUCGUUUAACUCGAAUUUCGAGAACUCGUUUCACACCGGAGAAUUUAGUGCACCGUACGACACGAUGUUGAAGGUGCAAUGGCUUUCUAGAGAAAGAAUGAAGGACAUAGAUAUCAACCACAUGCUACAAGGCUUCAGGUCACUUACUUCUCGGCUCAAAGAUGUCGAUCUCAAAGUCAUGAAACACGAUGAAAAACUCGCGUUUUGGAUUAAUGUACACAACGCGCUCGUAAUGCAUGCUUAUUUGCAAUAUGGUAUCCCCAAGAACAGUUUAAAGACAUUGAUACUCAAGGCCGCGUAUAAUGUUGGGGGACACGUAAUAAGUGUCGAUAUGAUACAAAGCUCGAUUCUCGGGUGUCGUUUGCCUCGUCCGGGACAGUGGCUGCACUUGUUCCUCUCGUCGAAAACGAAACUUAAGGUCAACGAUGCACAGAAAUCCUAUCGAAUCAACCACCCCGAACCUCGGUUAUACUUCGCUCUAUGUUGCGGGAGCCAUUCCGAUCCAGCAGUUCGUGUCUAUACGGCGAAGAGGCUGAAUGAGGAGCUGGAGGUUGCAAAAGAAGACUACAUCCUUUCAAAUUUGAGGACACACAAAGGGCAGAGAAUUCUACUCCCCAAGAUUGUAGAGUCCUUUGCCAAGGAUUCUGGCUUAUGCGUGGAAGAUUUGGAGGACGUUGUCGAGCGUCUAAGGCUCGACGGGUGUUUAAACGACAGUCGGCAGCUGCAACGAAAGAAGUUGUGGAAGAGUAUUGGGUGGAUACCUCACAACUUCACCUUCAGCUUUCUGCUGUCCAAAGAAUUGGGAUGCCACCAGUCCCUGUCUUGAUAGUUUCAUACCGAAAUCUGAAACAUUUUUGUCGAGCGAGAUUCGAUCGUUUGGCGUUGAAGGACGGCUCGUGAUUGCACCUUGGAAUGACAGAUGAAUCAUAGCAAUGGCUUACCAAGCAAGCUCAUGAUGUUGAAUCCAAAAGGGGAAGAAAAAUGUGAGUUUUGGACCAAAAAUUGAGCUGUUUUGUCAGUCAAAAACAGGAAUAGCAGGUUAUGAUUCAACUGUCAUACUAAGAUGUCUUGUCUGAUGUCUGUUAUUGUUGAUGUAAUGUCUCAAAAUGCUUUGAUUUUGU